CCCCCAACCCCGCGGGAACAAAUCGUCGCAUUACUUGACCCCUCCCUCACCCCACGGGUGACGGCCCGCUAGUUCUGGCAGUUCCCAUGGACAGAUUCAGCGGUCCUCUACUGAAGAGGUAUGGACGCCGAAAAAAGCUGCCAUCGGUGCGAGCCGUCUUGAAACUGAAAAUGACGGCGGCGGCGGGCCAAAACACUCUAGCUGUGGCACGACUGGGGAGGACGGGAGACACACAAAUGCGAGGGAGAGGGAAGGAAGAGAAAGCAUAAUGAGGAGGAGGAGGAGGAGGAGGAGGACCAGUGGAGGAGGACUCGCCAUCACCUCCAGCAAACGCAGGUCGCCUCACUCGCCCCCACCCGGGCGGGACAACGUGCGGUCGCCGCGCCUGUCGGUGAUCCAGAUCGAGACGCCGGCGCCGAGCCCGAGCAGGCAGCACGCGAUGAUGUACAGGAGCGUCGGGUCGGACGAGAGGGGAGGGGGGUGCUCCCAGCGACAUUGCCUCAAGCAUCACGUGGGCGACGAUCUGAAUGAGGUAUUACGCCAGAUGCUCACGCGGCUGCUUUCCACGGCGCCCCCCAACACGGGCCGGCGUCAGCGUCGGAGGUGCAAUAGGGCCGUGAGGAGAUCGCUCGGCGGCGUGGCCGAGACCAGCUGCACGCAGCAGAUGCCGUGCCCCCCCACCGUCCACAACUCCCCUCCCUCGUCCGGCCCGAGAAGGGCAGCGUGAACGAGGCGGUGGCGCCAUGGAGGUAUGACAGCGCC